GAGUGCCCCUCCAGGAGACACCGUGACCAGAGGGGACGGGCCGGAGACGAGAAUGUGAGCCAGAUCCGGCCAGGGACACCGGACGGGGGUGGGCCAACGCGGUCCCCGCCACGGACAGAUGAGGUAACUGAGGCACAGAGAAGUAAAGUGACUUGCCCACAGUGCCCGGGUCGGCUGGUCUCCUCACCCCCUCCCCUCGCAGGGACCAUGGGCUGUAACUGCAGCUCCGACUACGACGAUGACUGGAUGGAAAACAUUGACCUGUGCGACCGUUGCCACUACCCCAUCGCCCCGGAAAGCAAAGCGCAGCUCCCGUUGCGCAACGGCUCCGAAGUGCGGGACCCUCUGGUCUCCUACGAGGGCUCCCACCCGCCCGUCUCCCCGCUGCAAGACAACCUGGUGGUGGCCCUGCACAACUACGAGCCGGUCCACGAUGGGGAUCUGGGCUUCCAGAAGGGCGAGCAGCUCCGCAUCCUGGAACAGAGCGGAGAGUGGUGGAAGGCCCAGUCUCUCACCACGGGCCAGGAAGGCUUCAUCCCCUUCAACUUCGUGGCCCGAGCCAACAGCCUGGAGCCGGAGCCCUGGUUCUUUAAAGAUCUGAGCAGAAAGGACGCGGAGAGGCAACUGCUGGCUCCGGGCAACAUGCACGGCUCCUUCCUGGUGAGGGAGAGCGAGACCACCAAAGGCUCCUACUCGCUGUCGGUGAGGGACUUCGACCAAACCCAAGGAGAAGUCGUGAAACAUUACAAGAUCCGCAACAUGGACAACGGCGGGUACUACAUCUCCCCCCGAAUCACCUUUCGCAGCCUGCAGGACCUGGUCAAGCAUUAUUCCAACAACACGGAUGGGCUGUGCACCCGCCUCAGCAAGCCAUGCCAGACCCACAAGCCACAGAAGCCCUGGUGGCAGGAUGAGUGGGAGGUCCCACGGGAGACGCUGAAGCUCGUGGAGCGGCUGGGGGCCGGCCAGUUUGGGGAGGUCUGGAUGGGAUACUACAACGGACACACCAAAGUGGCAGUGAAGAACCUGAAGCCCGGCAGUAUGUCUCCCAGCGCUUUUCUGGCAGAAGCCAACCUCAUGAAGAACCUGCAGCACUCUAGGCUGGUCCGUCUGUAUGCCGUGGUCACCCAGGAGCCCAUCUACAUCAUCACUGAGUACAUGGAGAAUGGGAGCCUGGUGGAUUUCCUCAAGACCUCUGAGGGUGUCAAACUGACCAUCAACAAGCUGCUGGACAUGGCGGCACAGAUCGCAGAGGGCAUGGCCUUCAUCGAGGAGAAAAAUUACAUCCACCGGGACCUGCGUGCGGCCAACAUCCUCGUGUCGGAGAGUCUGUGCUGUAAGAUCGCGGACUUCGGACUGGCCCGGCUCAUUGAGGAUAACGAGUACACAGCCCGGGAGGGAGCCAAGUUUCCCAUCAAGUGGACGGCCCCCGAGGCCAUUAACUACGGCACCUUCACCAUCAAGUCGGACGUCUGGUCCUUUGGGAUCCUGCUGACGGAGAUUGUCACCUAUGGGCGGAUACCGUACCCAGGUAUGACCAACCCCGAGGUGAUCCAGAACCUGGAGCGGGGCUACCGCAUGCCCCAGCCAGAAAACUGCCCGGAGGAGCUGUAUGACCUGAUGCAGCUGUGCUGGAAGGAGAAACCGGAGAACAGACCCACUUUCGAGUAUAUGAAGAGUGUUCUAGAGGACUUCUUCACAGCCACCGAGGGCCAAUACCAACAGCAGCCCUGAGGGCCCUUGCCCGGAUCUGCCCCCACCCCCACCUCGCCGGGCAAACCCAGGAGCGGCCCGAGUCCCCGCCGAGCCCGGGAACCCAGCCGCCCAGCCUGGUGGCCCACCACCCUCGGACGCAUACACAGCAUGCCGAGCGCAUGGACGGGUUCUGUCAAGAAUCCUCCUAUUCUUGACCAAUGAGUGAUGCCUAGAUCAAGGAGUCAUUCACUAAGCAUCCUUGGAGGGCUGAGAUCUGGACCAGCCAUCAGGAGAAUUUUACCAUGAAGUUCUAGAAGUUACGGACCUUGUUCUCAAGGAGCUUAUGGCCUACGGGGGAAGGCUCAAGCCAAGACCCUCAGGAUCUCACUUUUCCCUAACAUAUGAGUCCCCUCUUCACCAUUCGCCCCCAACCUCCAACAUAUCCCCCAUGCUCAUGUAGUCACCAAUCCAGCACUUUUAAAGUUCCUUCCUUCUGGCCACCAUCCAGCCCCCUCAGAGCCUUCCCCCCAUCUUUAUCUCUGUAGGGGUCAGCCCCUCACCUGCCCUCCCAGAACCUAAGUGUGCCCAAGAGGGUGAAGCUGGACGCCCAGGUCAGGCGUCUGGUGGCCAUUCCACUUCCUCUCUAUCUGUUGCAGGAACCAGGAAAGACCAACUUCCCCUCUUAUUUGGAAGGAGUCUAGGUUACUUUUUCCUGCCAUCUUUCAGAGCCAGGGACGAGUGGGCGGGGGCCCUACCCAGGCCUGCAAAUCCUUCUCAUUCUCAUAAGCCUCAGACCUCCUGCUUCCAGGAAGUACUUAGGACUCCAUCUAAAUUUCAGCCAGGGCCUCCCCUGGGCUGUCUUCCUACCACCCCAGCUUUGCCCCUUGAAGUUUGUAUAACUGUGGGGUGCACUGUAAUUCCAGGAUGUGGGAUAUUUGGGGUCACAAAUAAACUUCUGGAAAUAUAUCAGA